AUGCAGAAACGAGGAGUGGCCUCUUCUCUGCGAAAUCCCCAGACAUUUGGGGGUGCGGCGGAGGGAAUUGACGACUCGCAGUUGUACACCUCUGCGGAGCUGUUCCCCUAUCUCAGCGUGGAGGAUCGUGAGAAUCUAAACAGGGAGGUUGUGGCGGCGAUCAAUAACGAAUUGGUGCACCACGAGAAUUUGGAAGUUACCGUUCCGCGUCUUUUGCGUUCCUGUGCCACUGAGGCAAAGGAGCUUCGUCGAGCCAUCAAUUCCAUGGCCUCGUCACAAAUGCUGGAGGGGCACCGCGCGGUGCAAAUUGUAAAGGAGUGUGGUGAACGCAUUCAAGAUCUGCGAGAGCUUUUUAUGGAACAAGGUGACCUCAUCACGGGCAUGGAGGUGACGUCAGGGAGCUACAAGCAACUGCGACAGUUGCAUUUCUUACGCGAAAACAUCUUGUCUGUUAUAAAAUGGGCAGAGGCACUAAAAGAGGUGCGAUACACAAAUCUGUACAAGCUUGUAGAGCAAAGACAGUUUGCGGAGGUACAUAAACGUCUGCGUCGUUUGCAAUUGAUUCGACGCACAGUCUCUGAAAAGGCGGAUAGCAAAUAUCGCAAUGUGUUUGAACCUUACUUUGAAAAGCUGGAUGCAGUACAAACAAUGUUUGUAUCGGAGGUAUACAAACUGUUGGAGGAAAGCUCGAUGCAUGUUGCGAUUCAAAUGGCACUUGAAGAUUUGCCGGAUGCCGGUACCGUUGCGGAGGUUUUUCCGGAAUUCAAGCAACUUGAGGAGUGUGUGCAACUCUGUGGGGAAGAGGUUGGAGGAGGAGAAGAUGGGACGGGUAUUGGCGUCUUGUGUACGGCUGACGGUGAACCGCUCAUCACUGAGGAGAAAGUGUACCGUGCUGUACGCAAGUGCGUGGCUCGACUGUGGGAGGAACAAGUGAUGGUGGAUGUGGUGGAUCCCAUUGCACAGAUCUCCACUUAUCUCGAACAAAUGAAAAAAGUGGCACCAUUGCUGGGUGCACUGGAACUGACACUUAUUCCCCUCUCGACGAAGUUUUCCUUCUUUGCCCUCGUUGUGGGUUCCAUUCACGAUGAAGUGAUGAACUUUUUGCAGGGGUACGUGGAUCCUGCCGCGGAGGUGGAAGCAACUGGUCUUCUUGAGGCUUCACAGUUUGUACAGUGGUAUAAGGAGUCGAUGACAGAAGCAAAUUACGCCAUUUACAUUGAUCUUAACGCCAUCGAUAGCCUUUCUGCAUUAAUGAUGACAUCUGCUGUUGGAGGUCUUUCGGCACAUCUUAUUCGACUCUGUCGUGCCUGUGCCAUAUCAGUGGGAACUGGACGAAGUGAACCAACAACAAUGAAAAAUGGAUUACCCGUGACAACUGGUCCAGUGGACAUGUUUGCGGUUCUGCAACAAUCUUUGGGAGGCCUUUCUACAGCCAUUGAGGUUUCUGUAAUGCGUCAGAUAGGUGUUGCCUGCGCAGAGGCGAUUGGAGCUUACCUUGAAGAAUGCAAAAUUCGCAGUGAUUAUGAUUUCUGGGAAGAGGAAAAUGAAUCAAUGCGAAUCUCGGUUGAGGAAUGGACUACACGUCGAUUGUUAUUUCUCUACGCCUUUUGUAAUGACUGCUCAACUAUUGAACGUAAUAUGGAUACUAUUGAGAUUAAGUUUGCCCCCUAUUGGGACGACGAGGAGGGUGGUGAGUAUUCAUCGCCGUUUCAACAAACUCAAGACCUGAUAUCAGAGCAUGCCUUAUUCUAUCUGGACGAGAUUGUACUGCACGUUGAGCGUGUAGUGGAUGCGCAGUGGGCUCUCCUGUUUCGUUCCAAAGAUUGGUAUAGUGUAGAUGAUAACCCGACACAGGUUAUUAUAGACACGAUGAGUGACUUUAUUGAUGAGGAAUUUACUAAGGCGCUUGAGGAGACACGGAUGCGCUUGGCUAUGCGAAGUAUGUUGACGCGAUAUGUCCAAAAAUACCUUACAACACUAAUGGAGUUCCUUGGAGAAAUUAUACGCCACCAAAACAAUCGAUCUGUCGAGGACUGGAAUGCGUUUGUUGACUGCUUUAGUCGUGAUACCGUACUCGCCAUGGAUAUGUGGGAUGAACGUGUGAAGGAGGGCAAUGGGAAACUGGUUAAUAGUGCACGACGUGUAUUGGAGGUUAUAAUGCAUCUCCUCAGUGUAAAGAAACCGGUGGAUUUCAAUUUUAUUGUGCAGAAGGAUCUUCUGGAUGAUUAUGGUGAUUGUCCAUCCUUUGUGGUGCGCUUCAUCUUGCAGGCUCGACAAAAUGAGCUUGACAAGGAUUCACGUGACACCAUGAUGGCGUUAUGGAACGAGCGCGUGGCGUUUCAGCAGCGCGGACCAGAUGAUGUUCCCACGGUUGGCUGGUCCCAGCCACCGUCCUUUCUCGGUGCACUGGAUCGCUCAUUAGCAGAACUGAACAAGAGGGGUGGUCUCUUCCGCACAAGCCCACGAAAAAGGCGAGUAAAGGCCGAGCAAAAGCGGCGGGAGGAUGAAAAACAAGCCAGGCGGGAGGAACGACGCGUCAGACGUGAGGCCGACGCGACGGCCAAAAAAAUGAAAGGACCGUUCAAGGCAGGGAUGCACUCUCUUCAAGAUGACACGGUGGAGGUAGGCAAACUCGCUGAUCUUCUCAAGUGA